GCCACCGAGAACGUCAUGCGCCAGCUGAACAUGAACAUGGGUCUUAAAGCGGUGGUGUUGGCGGUGGUGAUGAAAGAGCUCGCCGUUAUCGGCCUCACGCAGGCUCUGUCUGCGGACGAUAUGGCAGGCCAACUGUGGAUGAAUGCACUGUCCUGGGGACUGUGUAGGAAUGCACCGCAACCUAGAGACGCCAUCAAGAUGAUGACCACUUCCAACCGGUUUUAUCUCAUCUUAGCGGCUUACAAAUCGUGGCAAGACAACGAACCAGAACUAUGCACUCACAUGAUCCUUCAUAAAAAGACUGACAAAAGCCUACACUUCAAGAAGUAUUCCCACUGGCGUGGGGAAUGGGCUGAGGACGACAGGUAUUUCAACAUGGACCUACCUGCUAAUUCUCAUGUCAAGAGCACGAUGACAUCCACUUUUGACCCAGAAUUCCCCCAGUAUGGAUGGAAUUACACCAUGUUGUUCGCAAAAGAGGGCGCCUGUUUUGUACUUCGUAACCUUGGCAACAAACCCCCUGGAUCACCCAUACCACCGAAACCCUACGACUGCGAGCUUUGGACCUCAACUGACUACUCCCACGACACCUGGGAGGCGUGCAGCGAAGUCUUCUGGAAACACUGCGCUAAAAGUCAUCGUAAACCGUUCUCACCGAAACAGUGCUGCUCUCGUAUCGGUCCCGCGAAGCCAAAGUGGUGCUGGUAGUGAAACAAUAAAUGGCUUGGCUCACUCCUGAGUAGAGAUAU